GUGACCGAACGACCCAAGCACCAUGUCCACGAUAUACUCGUUCAACCACCUCAUAGCUGAACGUACUCGCGCUUACCCAAACCUUGAGAUCCUGGGCAUACCAGAUAAAGAUUUCAAUUACAUCAAGUAUACUUUGGCUGAGCUUGAUGCCUCAGCGUCCUUAGUUUCUCACCAUUUACGGGACAAUGGACUGCUGAAUGGACGAUCCAAAGGGGAUGUCACCAGUAGGAUGACUGUUGGACUGCUGGGCAUCAGCAACAUCAGUUACGUAGUCACCGAGAUGGCGCUUUAUCGAAUGGGCUAUUGCGUACUCUUCUUGUCGCCGAAUAACUCCCCUCCCGCGAUUGCUCACCUGUUGACCGUGACAAAUGCAACCCACUUUAUAGUGCAAGACGUGCAUUUACCUUCCGCAACAGCUGCUCUCACCCACCUCAGUGACCCCAGUUCCGUGACAAUCAUCAACCAGCCUUCAUCUGAAGUCUUCGGGUCAGUAGCUCGCUCUUUGUACCCAGAGAAGACGCAUUGGGACCCUGUAUUAAACUGGGAAGACGAGUUUCUUCUGCCAGUCACGAUGAUCCAUUCGAGCGGGUCCACUGGUUUCCCAAAGCCGAUCGUUGCAACCAACAAAGCAGCUGUCGGCAACUGCAUCAUGAAUUUCGGUCUUACGAGUUUAACGACGUUGCCCUUGUAUCAUGGACACGGCCACUCCAAUCUUUACCGUGCAAUAUAUUCUGCGAAACCACUGUACCUCUUCCCAACUGGAUCAAUACCAUUGACGUCCGCCAACGUUAUCAAGCUCCUCAAACAGGCUCCAGAUGUGGAGGCUCUAUAUGGCGUUCCUCUUGCAUUGAAACUUCUGGCUGAGACCCCUGAAGGUCUGCAGGUCCUCAAAGGCCUCAAGCUUGUCAUGUUCGGCGGAAGUGCAUGUCCUGACGAGCUCGGCGACUUCCUUGUCAACGAGGGUGUGCGUCUGGUUGGCCAUUAUGGUCUUACUGAAAUGGGGCAACUCAUGACGUCUUUCCGCAACUUCGAGACUGACAAGGACUGGAAUUGGCCGCGCGCUAAAGGGCCGUAUGUGAAGACGAACGUGAACGACUACCUGCGAUUCGAACCUAGGGGCGGGGAUAUCUAUGAAUUGUUCGUGUUAGACGGCUGGCCCAUGAAGGUUAUGACCAACCAACCCGAUGGGUCGUACGCUACGAAAGAUCUAUUUAUCAAGCAUCCCACCAUCCCAGAUGCAUACAAGUUCAUCGGGCGAAUCGACGACACCCUGGUCAUGGUCAAUGGCGAGAAGACGAAUCCUGUCCCGAUGGAGCUCACACUUCGCUCGUCACCCUAUAUUGCAGAUGCCGUUAUCUUCGGUGCUGGCCGCAUUCAAAUCGGAGCUCUGAUUCUUCCAACCGAAAUCGUAAAAGACCGCUCUCCUUCGGAGCUCGUAAAGCUUGUAGCGCCUAUCGUCGCUCUCGCCAAUGCCGAAGCUCCUUCGCACUCACAGCUUGCGACGGAAGCCCUUGUGUUUCUCCCUUACGGCACAGUGAUUCCUCGUGCUGACAAGGGCAGCAUUUUGAGACCACGGGUGUACAAGGAGUUCGAGGGCGUCAUCAAUGAGGUCUACAAACGACUAGAGGGUGACAUCGAUGGGGAUGGGAAGAGACGACUGACCGAUGAGGCGGAGGCUAGGACAGCCAUUAGAGAUAUAAUCGGCAUGACGGUCGAUAGACCCAUCGACAGCCUAGAAGAUGACACUGACCUCUUCGAUUUCGGGCUGGACUCCUUACAGUCUAGUAGAAUACGAAACACCAUUCAGAGAGAGAUCGACCUAGGUGGCAAGAAGCUGUCGCCCAACGCCGUUUUUGAACAUCCUUCUAUCAUGCAGAUUGCUCGACUCCUGGUUGCAAUGUCCUCUGGCAAAGAAGGUGCUUUAGCACAACAAAGUCCGCGCGAGAUCGUGCUGGAACUUGUUAAGAAAUACAGCUCUUUCGCUUAUGUGAAUGAGACCCACGUUAAAGGGACAACCGGAGCUGCAAGUAGCUCAGUUACUCCUCGUGUUGUUGUAUUGACUGGGGCGACUGGAUCGUUGGGAGCAUAUAUUCUAGAUGAACUACUUUCGGACCCUUCUGUGGCCACUGUUUACUGUCUGUGCAGAGCAAAGGACGAUGCAGAUGCGUCCAGUCGCAUAAUGUCUUCUAUGAAGACAAGGAAGCUAUCAUCUCGCUAUGAGCAAGCUCAAUCGCGCGUCAAAGCUCUCGCUUCCGACCUGCCUAUGGACAAGCUUGGACUUCAGUCAGACGUUUACAAUGAAAUCGCAAGACGGGCAACCCUGAUCAUUCACAAUGCCUGGGCGGUCAACUUCAACCUUGGCAUUUCCAGCUUCGAACCACAUAUUCGUGGAGCUGUCAAUCUAAUAAAUCUCGCCCUUGCAUCGCCUCAUCCCCGACCAGCAGACUUUUACUUCGCAUCUUCAAUUAGUGCUGUCGCUGCAUGGCGUGGACCUGAAUCGAUCCCAGAGGCCAUUACGGAUGAUCCCUCUGUCGCUCAGGGGUUAGGCUAUGCGCAGUCGAAGUGGGUUACCGAGAAGCUCUGUCAAGUUGCCUCUCAGCAGACACCUAUUCGUGCGGGCGUGCUGCGAAUUGGUCAAAUGGUGGGAGACUCCCAGAAUGGUGUGUGGAACGAGACAGAGGCUAUUUCGCUCAUUAUCAAGUGCACCGACACAAUCGGAAUUCUUCCCAACCUUGAAGAGUCAGUUUCGUGGCUCCCAGUGGACUACGCAGCAAAGACUAUCGUCGAUUUGGUCAAUGUUCCCCCUCAACGUUUGCCCUUGGGAGAAUGCCCAGUUUGGAACGUGAUUCAUCCAAAGCUUGUGCCGUGGUCAUCUAUCCUCUCAUCUCUCCAGCAUUCCGGUCUGAAAUUCAAAGCCCUCCCGAGGCACGAGUGGAUCAAGGCUUUACGUGCUAGCCCUGUCGAUGAAGUCAGCAACCCAAGCCGGAAGCUGCUGACCUUUUUCGAGAACAAAUACGGACAAGAGGAACUGGCUACGCGGUACCCAUUGUUGACAGUGCAAACUGAGAAAGCAAGCGAGAGCCUUAGGAGUGCACCUAUUGCUGAUGUUGGACUGGUGGGAAAGUGGGUAGCUGCAUGGAGAGAGACAGGUUUUUUGGCUUGAAAACUGUUUGUUCAGGCUCCGUUGGUGCUAAUAAUCGGCCCUUGCGUUACUGACACUAGUUGAUACGCCACAAAUAUAUCUACUGCUGAAUAUAUCUGCCCCUGACAGCAACAAAACACACUCGUCGGUCGACCAUCCAGAUGUAAGUAG